AUGAUUAUCGGCGAAUACUUCCCGUCUUCAGAAUUGAUAUCCAUUCAAUACUUUUCAUUAAUACAGGCGUUCAUUAGGUUUAACAUUGAUUUGAAGGCAUUAUUAAUCCAAUGCAGAGUCGAUGAAAUGACUGAAGCGACUAAUCUAAUGUUGACGUCAAGACCAAAACUGGGCGAAAAGUGUAUACACCGUAACGCCUCGGCUCUGGACACACUAUUACCAUGCGGUCAGCACCAGGUGUGUAGCCCAGCCUACGGUGUCUGUCAGUGUCAGCCCAAAUACAGGCCAGAAAAACGCAAGUGCGUGGCCGAAGAGCCGGAUUUGGAGGCCAGCGGUGGGGCUCAACCCCUGGUCACACACUCAUCCCAUAGCCAUCAUAGCCCACGACCGACACCAUCGCCACCCCCACCGCCACCGCCGCCGCCGCCCAUACAUAACGGUGAGCCCAAUGGAGGUGGGGUUCAAGUACUGCCCACAAUGACCGAUGACGAGGGGGCCAACAAACCGGCGCCCACUAAAACUGCCGGCGGGUCCAAAGCACUGGUCAUAUUCCUGCUGAUCGUCGCCAUACUGUUAUGCAUAGCGUUAGCCGUUGUUAUCAUUUGGAGAUUAGCGAAUAGUGUAGUCGACAAACUUACAGCCGUAAUAGGAGUCGUGACAUCUCAGCAGUCGCUUCUUUUAUGGACACAAAUGGAUCAGAAGAUACCAGUGAUGAGGGAAGACAUGCCAUGGGAUGUUAAUAUAUAA